AUGUUUUCACAAUUCAAAUCCAUCGGUCCUGAGGAGGGGAGCUCUCUCUAUGAUGGCCAAGGUACCGAGAAAGACCCUUUCGUGGUGGAAUUCCAUCGACAAGAUCGAGAAAACCCUAUGAACUGGUCUCCAAUUCGGAAAUGGCUCAUCACAACCAUCGUGACAUUUUCUGUAUUCGCUGUUACGUUUGCAUCUUCAGCAUACUCCGACUCCGCCGACGAGGUCAUUCGAGACUUUAAUAUCAGCACGGAGGUGUUUACACUUGGUAUUACUUUGUUUGUGUUGGGAUCUGAACUUUACGGAAGAAAAGUCCUCUGGAUCACCUCCCACAUCGCCAUGGUGGCAUUCAUCGGAGGUACCGCCGGGAGCCGGAACACCGCUACGCUACUCAUCCUGCGAUUCCUCGGUGGUAUAUUUGGGGGAUCACCGUUGGUCAAUUCAGGGGGCACGAUUGCCGAUCUCUUUCCGCCAGCUCAAAGAGGACUGGCUAUGACAAUUUACUGUGUUGCGCCUUUUCUUGGCCCUAUCCUUGGUCCUGUAGUUGGUGGGUUUGUGUCUGAAAACGUCGGAUGGAGAUGGGUGCAGGGGGUGUGCUGCAUUUUCAUCGGCGUGAUCGGUAUUCUUGGUGUGGUGCUCGUCCCGGAGACAUAUGGGCCCGUGCUACUUAUUCGAAAGGCGGAACAACUGUCCAGGUCCAAUGGUAAAGUAUACAUCACUGUACUCGAAAAAAGCCAAGGGAAAAAGAAACCAUCUCAAGUCUUCCAGAAAGCUCUGGUGCGGCCUUGGGUGCUACUCUUCCAGGAGCCCAUCGUGCUAAUAGCCUCACUAUACAUGGCACUCGUCUAUGGCACGGUGUACAUGUUCAUGGGAGCCUUGCCAAUCGUGUACAACGAAGACCGGGGCUGGAACGAAGGCAUCGGAGGACUUUCCUUUAUGGGCAUUACCGUGGGCAUCAUCCUCGGAUUGGUCUACGCCAUCUACGACAACAGGCGAUAUAUGAAGUUGUUUAUUUCCCAAACCGCCACGGCGGAGUCCCGAUUACCACCGGCCAUUGUGGGGGGUGUUGCCUUGCCGAUCGGCAUGUUUGCAUUUGCGUGGACCAAUUACCCGAGUAUUCACUGGUCGGUCAGCAUAAUCCUCUCGGCACCGUUCGGUUUCGGUUGUGUCCUUGUCAUCUUGCCACUGGUUAACUAUCUGAUUGACUCCUACACUAUCUAUGCGGCGUCGGUUCUUGCAGCCGCAGCUAUUUUCCGCUCCGUUGUGGGUGCUGUGUUUCCGUUGUUCACGACCCAGAUGUAUCAUACUCUCGGGAUUCAUUGGGCGUCCUCUAUCCCGGCGUUUCUGACGUUGGCUUGUAUGCCGUUUCCUGUUCUUAUGUAUCGGUAUGGUGAAAAGGCGAGGAUGAAGUGCAAGUAUGCGUUUGAGGCAGCUGAGAUGAUGCGACGGAUGCAGAUGCAGCAGGCCCCUGCGAUGGAAAGGGGGGAUACUUCUGUAGAGUGAAAGCGCGUGAUUAGUGCCUCUGUCAUUAGAGACCGGUGUGGCAGAUAUAUGACAGACAGGGGUAUUGCAUAUGAGGGAGGGUGACUAGAUCUAAAGAGAUUCUGCCGGGCAGGAG